GCAGAAUGGAAGGAUGGUGCUGAUUAGGGUGCCAGAGCCAAGCCUGACUCUACAGAUACUUGAUCCUCGAUGUCUGUAUAUCCUCAGCUUUGUGUUUGUCAGUGAUUGUGGGGCAACAGGACUAGUCCCACUCGACGUGUUUUAGCAAAUAAUAGUGAAGGCUUGUGGGCCUGAUGAGGUCUCACUGUACAGAAUUUAAUUUUUCUUUGCUUUUUCUUAUAUCACUCAGGCUGGUUCUGUGUUUUGCUUUAUUUUUGGCUUCCUGGUUCCUGACCGAUGAGGUGUUAACUGUAGUUAUGUUAAUUUAUGACUGAUUUAUAAGAUCUAACUAUACCUUAGGUAUGAGUAAAGCUGAAGGAGAAAUUUGGGUUGGGGGGCAUGUUGAUAAUAUAAUUGUGUCUGUUUUUGCCUCAUGUAAGUUUUACUAAAAAUAUAAAUUCAAAUGGAAAUACAGUGUUUGAAACUUUUUCCUUCCAUUAUUUAAAUAAAUCACUUAAAUCUGGUAAAUGAUUCUUGUCUGAUGAGGAAGAAACAACUUUCUAUCUGGAAACUUAAUGUUAAUCUUUGAUGCAGUAAUUAUGGAUUACUUCAUCCUUCAUUCAACAAAAUAGUUACUGAGGGUCUUGCAUGUGACAGCCACUGUGUUAGGCAUUGGAGAAACAACAGUAAAUAACAAAUCCCUGCUGUCAUGGAGCCUACAUUACAGUGUGGGGAAACAGACAAGAAACAGUUGCAGUCAGAUGGCAGUUGGAAUGAGAGUCAUCUGAAGGCUUGACUGGGCUGGAUGGUCACGAUAGCCCCUUCACUCACUCUGCUGGAAUUGCUGGGACAGCUGGGUGUGGGCUGGUCACCUCUCUCUGCACAGCUUCUUCAUGGGACUAAGUUGGCUUUCACACAACAGGGCAGUCUGAAGGCAGUCAAAUUUCCUACAUGACAGCUGACUUCUAGAGUGAGCAUUCUAAGACAUUGAGUUUUUUCAAGUAGAUAAUUUAUUUGCUCUACUCUUUUAAACUAAGAAGUAAGAUAAACGUAUGGGGCCAGUCAUCGUAGAAACUGCCUGUUACUUCCUCCACUGAAGUCUUGAACCCUCCCAAGUCAUCCAUGAGAGCUGGAAUCAACUUCUUUCAAAACCUUGUUAAUGUUGAUAUUUGGACCUCCUCUUGUGAAUCAUGAAUGUUCUGAACAGCAUCUAGAAUGAUGAAUCCUCUCCAGAAAAUUUUCAAUUUACUUUGCCCAGAUCUAUCAGAGGAAUCACUAUCUAUGGCAGCUAUAUUUCAAAUCACAAAUAUAUAUUUCAAUAUCACAAAAUGUGUUUCUGAAAUAAUAAGACUUGAAAGUUGAAAUUACUCUUUGAUGCAUGAGCUGCAGAAUGGAUGUUGUGUUAACAGGUGUGGAAACAACAUAAUCAACUUGUACAUUUUCAUCAGAGCUCUUGGGUGACCACGUGCAUUGUCAGUGAGCAGUGAUAUUUGGAAAGGAAUCUUCUGAGGAUGUAAUGUUCAAGCUCAGAAAUGCCUUAUGUGGAUCGUCAGAAUCGCAUUUGUGGUUUUCUAGACAUUGAAGAAAAUGAAAACAGUGGGAAAUUUCUUCGAAGAUACUUCAUACUGGAUACCAGAGAAGAUAGUUUCGUGUGGUACAUGGAUAAUCCACAGAACCUACCUUCUGGAUCAUCACGUGUUGGAGCCAUUAAGCUUACCUACAUUUCAAAGGUUAGCGAUGCUACUAAACUAAGGCCAAAGGCGGAGUUCUGUUUUGUUAUGAAUGCAGGAAUGAGGAAGUACUUCCUACAAGCCAAUGAUCAGCAGGACCUAGUGGAAUGGGUAAAUGUGUUAAACAAAGCUAUAAAAAUUACAGUACCAAAGCAGUCAGACUCACAGCCUAAUUCUGAUAACCUAAGUCGCCAUGGUGAAUGUGGGAAAAAGCAAGUGUCUUACAGAACUGAUAUUGUUGGUGGCGUACCCAUCAUUACUCCCACUCAGAAAGAAGAAGUAAAUGAAUGUGGUGAAAGUAUUGACAGAAAUAAUCUGAAACGGUCACAAAGCCAUCUUCCUUACUUUACUCCUAAACCACCUCAAGAUAGUGCGGUUAUCAAAGCUGGAUAUUGUGUAAAACAAGGAGCAGUGAUGAAAAACUGGAAGAGAAGAUAUUUUCAGUUGGAUGAAAACACAAUAGGCUACUUCAAAUCUGAACUGGAAAAGGAACCUCUUCGCGUAAUACCACUUAAAGAGGUUCAUAAAGUCCAGGAAUGUAAGCAAAGUGACAUAAUGAUGAGGGACAACCUGUUUGAAAUUGUAACAACAUCUCGAACUUUCUAUGUGCAGGCUGAUAGCCCUGAAGAGAUGCACAGUUGGAUUAAAGCAGUCUCUGGCGCCAUUGUAGCACAGCGGGGUCCCGGCAGAUCUGCGUCUUCUCAGUCAAGUAUGAGACUCUCUGCAAAAACAAUGUCUGUUGGGAAGAGGAAAAGUUGGAGAAGGAUAUGCGGCAGGCCAGAAGGCUGUCGAACCCUUGUAUACAGAGGUAUACAUCAAGAGCUGGUGAAUGCAGCACGAGCAUCCCCCCGGUCCUUCAGAAUCCAAACACGCUUUCCGUCCUACCAACGCAGCCGCCGCCACCUCACAUUCCACAGCCUCUCGCAGCAACUCUUUGGUCUCAACCUUUACCAUGGAGAAGCGAGGAUUUUACGAAUCUCUUGCCAAGGUCAAGCCAGGGAACUUCAAGGUCCAGACUGUCUCUCCAAGAGAACCAGCUUCCAAAGUGACUGAACAAGCUCUGUUAAGACCUCAAAGUAAAAAUGGCCCUCAGGAAAAAGAUUGUGACCUAGUGGACUUGGAUGAUGCGAGCCUUCCGGUCAGUGACGUGUGAGGCAGAAGCGCACGGAGCCUGCCUGCCUCUGCCGUCCUCAGUUUCUUUUCAUGAGGCUUCUAGCCAAAGAUGAUAAAGGGGGAAAUGGUUUUUAGUGCGUAUAUUAUACUGCCUCUUAGGUGUACUCUUUAUAAGCUGGUAAACCAAGAAUCUAGGGAGUGGCCAAACUAAAUAUAAUUUCUUUAAAAAAGAAAGAAAAAGGAAAAACCCAAAAUAUCUCAGUAUCAUCUGUCUGAAGCAUUGUGUGUUCUCAUUCGGGUGGUAACAAUGUAUGUGUAAUAUUUUUUUCUUAGUGAUUUUGACAGUUUAAAUGUUUAACAACUUAAAACAUAAAAAAUGCUUAUUAAUAACUUUGGUCAUUUAAAAAAUGCUACAAUGACUUCCUAUUAAAGGUUCAACAUUUACACAUUCUUAUUGGUCGAUAUUACCACAUGAAAUAUUGCCAGACCAAGAUACCUAAACUCAUGAUGUCUGUGGUGCUGUAAAAUUUAUACUAAAAUGUAGACUAUUUUGAAAUUAUAACCAUUUUUGAUGCCCUGAAUCUUGAGGUGACUUAUUUUGCAUAGAGGAUAUUAAUAGACCAACAGUAAGGGUUGUGGGUUAUACCGGCAUAGAGAAAAGAAGAAAACUAGAAUUCAAACAACUGUGUCUUAGACAUUUGUUUGAAAAAGAUUCAUCAGGCCUUGGAGCAGUCACUGCUUUAUUCCGCAAAAAUUAUUUGGUAGGAAAUUUUUGGGAGAUCUGAUUUUCUUAUCCAAGUUUUGUAAAUAGUUGUUAUUUCUAUAUUUGGAUUGGUGAAAGACCUCAAGUUUAUAUGUAAAGACAUAACUACCCUUAGUCAUGAAAUUGUUGUGACCUCUACUUUUUGUCACUAAUAGCCUAUAUUCAAGUGCCUGUGUUUUUUCAUCUUGUUUAGGAAUGUUUUGAAAUUAAUGUGCUUAAAAGUCCUACGUGACUGAUUUUAAACAUUGGGAUAAAAUUAAUUUUCAGUAGAAUAGUUGCGUUAAAUAAGAUAGCAUUUUAUGUUAGAGAUACCAGAAUGCUGGUAUUGUACUACCUGUGCAAUAUAUAUGUUUUAAAAAACAAAUUUGAGAAUACAUUUAAUCAUAGGGAUAUAGAUAUAAGCACCUCUCUAAAGAAUCUUUAGUUUCCGAAGUUGAAUUAUAGACCAGUUUGAGUAAGUACCGCUUUUUUUUUUUUUUCUUGGAGACAGACUCUCGCUCUGUUGCUCAGGCUGGAGUGCAGUGGCGUUAUCUCAGCUCACUACAGCCUCCACCUCCUGGGUUCAAACAGUUCUCCUGCCUCAGCUUCCCGAGUAGCUAGGAUUACAGGUGCAUACCACCACACCUGGCUAAUUUUUGUAUUUUAGUAGAGAUGGGGUUUCACCAUGUUGGCCAGGCUGGUCUUGAACUCCUGACUUCAGGUGAUCCACCCAUCUCAGCCUCCCAAAGUGCUGGGAUUACAGGCGUGAGCCACCAUGCCCAGCCCAUAAGUACCAUUUUUGAGGUUCAGUCUUAAACAUUUGCUUUAAGAAAACAGUCUUGAAUUUCACAUGCUGCUAUUUUUAUAUUUUGCCAUUUUACAGUACUGUUUUGUUUUGAAUUCAUGCAUAUCAUUGAAAGUUUCUCGUUUUCAUUUUCUUAGAUGACUUCUUGUCUGAGACAGAGAAAAAUUUCCUACUACAGCAGUGGAGUCCAGAGGUUAAGAUGUAUUAGAAUUAUACAGUAUCAAUUUAAAAAUCUGUAUGCAUAAAGAAUGCACCACUCAACUUUUUUAUUCAUAAGCUAAUAUUUUUUUAAAGUUAUAUUAAGAUUUUUUCUCUUUUGCAGCUACAUUUGAAAGUGAUAGAAUAAAGAGAUUUUAAUGAGUUAUCACUUUUUCUGCUGAUAUAUUCAUUUUAAUGGCUUUUUUGAAAGUUCCUUUUUCAUGAACACACCCGAGAAAUCUUAAAUAGACACUUUGCAAUAUUUAAGAACCUAAUGCUGUUUAAUUUUGGUACAGCUUCUACAUUGCAUGUUCACUUUAGUAUUUGCAAUUUGAUAUAUUUCAUGGUGGCAAAAUAUUAGCUCUGUUUUGGGACAUUUUAAAAUAGAACUUUCCUUGUUCAAUAGCAUAGGAAAAUGUUCUUGUGAUUGUCAGGGUCUCCUAAUAUUUAUCUCAAUUCUUUUAUAAGUCUAUGGAAAUUAUUUAAUUAUUUUAAAACGUACACACUUUUCUUGUAAAUAUGUCACAUCUGAGUUCAAAAAAAUUACUUUGAAUACCUUAAUAUUUGCUGCAUUUUUUUCUGUAUAUAUAACAUGUCUUCUUUCAGAAUGGGAAUAUACGUGUGCCUCCCAACAUUUACUGUUAAAGUCUGUUAUCUUUAUAUGUCAAACUGGUUGAACACUGUAAUGACUUGAGAAUAAACUGCACAGAGUUUA